CUUCCCGUCUGUCUUCGGACAACCACAUGCCCAGCUGCGGCAUCUGUAGCUGGGCUGCAGGGAGUGUGCUCAAGGAUAUCCGGCGCGGCCUGUCCGAGGAAGUGAUCGCUGAUAACCUCGGUCACGAGUGCAAGCUGUUCGGGCUCGCCGGCUCAGGACGCGUCUGCGACGGGCUCGUCAGCAACUUUAAGGACGAGUUCUUCUACGUCAUGAAGCGGACUACGCUGAACGCCCACGAGGUGUGCAGCUCGGUGCUUGGCCAAGAGUGCGAGCCCAACGGGGCGCCCAACUGGACCAUCGCGCUACCCAAUACGAAGAAGCCACAUCCUGUGCCUCCGAGACCCAAGCCGAAUGCCCCGAAGCUGCGAUUUCUGCACAUUACCGACACUCACGUGGACAUGCGCUACUCGGAGGGCAGCCGCGCCGAUUGUCCCGAACCCUUGUGCUGUCGCGAGGACAACGGCAAGGCCCACUGGCUAGCCAACAUUCCCGCUGGUCACUGGGGCGCCCUGCACAAGUGUGACUUGCCUGCCAGGACAUUCGAGAACAUGCUGCAGGAAGUGCGAGAUUACCACAAGGUGGAUUACGUCAUAUGGACGGGCGACAUGGUGCCACACGACGUAUGGAACACGUCGCGAGAGGGUAACAUCGCCCUGGCAAAGUACACGGCCGACGCUAUCGCCAAGUUCCUGCCUGGCGUUCCAGUCUACCCGGCGGUCGGAAACCACGAGGGACAUCCUGCCAACUGUUUCCCGCCACCUGAGGAGAAAGGAAACAUGUCGGCCUCUUGGAUCUUCGACGCCCUCGCCGAUCAGUGGUCUCGAUGGCUGCCGCCGUCUGCCACCGACACCGUACGAAGGGCAGGCUGCUAUUCAGCGAGACCAUACCCAGGGCUGAAGAUCCUUUCUGUCAAUACAAACUACUGCAGCAGUUUGAACUGGUGGCUGUUGAUAAAUGCCACAGACCCGGCACAGCAGCUCGCAUGGCUCGUGGACGAACUACACGAAUCGGAAGCCAAGGGUGAAAAGGUGCACAUCAUCGCGCACAUUCCUCCUGGUGUGUCCGACUGCCUGCACGUGUGGAGUGAGAACUACCACCGCAUCUUGGAAAGGUACGAAUCUACAGUCCGUGGUCAGUUCUUUGGGCACACGCACGCCGACGAGCUCGAGGUCGCCUACGACUCCACGGACGCCAAGCGAGCUCUUGGAGUGGCUUAUCUCGGCCCAAGCCUGACGACCUACAGCUCGGGACACCCAGCAUUCCGUGUCUUCACUGUGGACGGCGGUUACCCUGGAGCAUCAUGGUCACUCCUGGAUCACCACACGUACCUGCUGAACUUGACCACGGCCAACGCGCACCCUGAUAUGCCACCGAAGUGGGAGCUUGAGUACAGCGCGCGUGCAGCAUACAACAUGACCAGUCUUGAACCCCAACAAUGGGACACUGUGCUCAGGAAGAUGGAACACGACGACAAGCUUUUCGACAAGUUUUACAGAUUCUACCACAAGGGGGCACCAAAGAAGAAGCGCUGCAAACGUUCGUGCCGGAAGAAGCUUUUGUGCGAGCAAAGGACCGCCAUCUCGUCAGAUCUGAAACAUUGCUAGAGAAUCCUCUGAUAA